AUGCCUGCUGUUGGACAGGUCUUUGUGGAAGACCUAAGCGAGGUCUUUGUGGAUGCCAACAUCCACAUUUACCUUCCUCCUGCUGCCCGGGAGUCCCUGCCCCGUCCUCUGCCUAUAUUGGCACCUCGGGUGUACACGACUGUCCCGUACGGGGACCCCUGGGAAUAUUCCUCCCAAGAUGAUCGGGAGCCCACCCCUCCUCCGAAGGAUGACACUCCUCGUCCUGGAGAACGUGCUGGGACUCGGGCCCAUGCGCGGAAGUUGGCGCUUGAGGCUGCGCAGAGAAAUGGUGGUAGGAAUGCUGUUUAA